GGCAGAGUGCCCACUAUGCGAGUCUCCUCUGACCAGAUUGAGCAGCUCCAUCGGAGGUUUAAGCAGCUGAGUGGAGACCAGCCCACCAUCCGCAAGGAGAACUUCAACAGCGUCCCUGACCUGGAGCUCAACCCCAUCCGAGCCAAAAUCGUCCGUGCCUUCUUUGACAACAGGAACCUGCGCAAGGGCCCCAGCGGCCUGGCGGAGGAGAUCAGCUUCGAGGACUUCCUGACCAUCAUGUCCUACUUCCGGCCCAUCGACAUCUCCAUGGACGAGGAGCAGGUGGAGCAGUGCCGGAAGGAGAAGCUGAGAUUUCUGUUCCACAUGUACGACUCGGACAGCGAUGGCCGGAUCACGCUGGAAGAAUAUCGAAAUGUGGUCGAGGAGCUGCUCUCAGGAAACCCCCACAUUGAGAAGGAGUCGGCGCGCUCCAUCGCCGAUGGGGCCAUGAUGGAGGCGGCCAGUGUUUGCGUGGGCCAGAUGGAGCCGGACCAGGUGUACGAGGGGAUCACUUUUGAGGACUUCCUGAAGAUCUGGCAGGGGAUCGACAUCGAGACCAAGAUGCAUGUCCGGUUCCUGAACAUGGAGACCAUUGCCUUCUGCCACUGACCCCUCUGGCUCCACCACCCAGCGCUGCCCUUCACUGCGGGGCCUUGAGCCACUGCGGCCGGCCGGCUGUCCCCAGCUGCUGCGGCCCACCCCGGCGGCUCACCGUCAGCUUUCUGCCUGCACGUCCCUGUCUGGUGCGGCAGGUGGCGCGCCACGGUUUUUACUUUGAAUAAAGCGUGGGUUUGUUACUGAAA